GUUGCCUCUCUCUGUUCACGCCUUUAGUCUCUCUCUCUCUCUCGAACCAGAAGAGAAAUCAUUUUCUCUCACUAGAGAGCGGGCACGAUUAUUGCACUAGAACCAGAGUAGGUUCCAUAGGGGACCAUUUUAUCUCUCCAAACCCAAUUUGUAUUAACCAGCUGGUCCCUGUAUCUUCAUUAUCUCCCUCCUUCCUAGAUUUUGAGCAGCAUUAACCAAUUGCCAUUUUCUUUCUCUAGAAUCAAAGUCGACUCUUUUAUCUCACAAGCUCCAGAUUUGGGACUUACUGGGAGCCAUUAUUGACAUCGAAAUGGAGAGACCGAGCACAAGGAAGAAGCUUAAGAGAGAGAGAUCUGAAGAGUUGGACACAAAUGCAUAUCGAUUCAUGAGAUCGGGAGCUUUUCAAGGGAUCUUCACUCGAAGCAGGUCUGAAAUUUUUGUUCACAAGAGCCGAUCAGGCCUUCAAAGACCAGAUCGCAAGGGAAAUCACUCUAAAGAGAGAGUGAUUAAAAGAUCAAGAGAGUUGCAGAGUAUUGAAGAUAAAUGUAGCUUAUCCUUGGUGAAGGAUCUCAGAACAAGGAGAGUUUUCUCCCAACCUUCCAUUAGUGGUGAUGAAAGCUUCCAAAAUGUCAUAGAGAAGCCCAAGAUCAAUGGUCCAGAUUUAUCGGAUGCUGUUUCUGCCGAGAUUGAAUGUCCCAAUUCGUCUGAUGCUGUUUCUGAGAAGUCUGAGACAGAUAUAGGGCUUGAGAGCAUGAUCAACAGUGUUUUGACGGCUGAGAUUCUACAGGUUCCAUGCCAUUCUGAAUUUGAUGGUAUGAUUUCAUCAGAAGUAGGCUCUGAGAGAUCUGAGACAGAUUUAAGGCUUAUGAGUUCAAUUGGUGAAGUUUCUACUACUAAGAAUCAAGUAGAUAUUAUUGGUGCUGGAUUUAUUGCAGGGAAAAACUCAGUGCUUACUCCUUGUUCGAGUCUGAGGAUAGUGCACAGCUCCAAUUCCCCUGCUUAUGUAACUAUGAGGCCAUCUGCUGCUUUAACUGAAGGAAAUGAUACAGGUGUUUCAAAAAUUCAACCUUGGAAUGACAUGACGUACCUGCAUUCUUUCAAAGACCCUACAGAUGGAUGCGAACAAGAUGUUCCAGAGGCGACACCUCCUAACAAUAACCAUGAGAAAACUUCACCAACCCAAAACUUGGAGGGUUUUGAACCUCUUAUCUCUCCUUCUGAUUCUCACGAAGAGAAGUGCCAAAAUCAAGCAAACCAUUCUGAAAUUUCAUUGUCAGAAAAACCCAUGCUUGUUCACGACAUGGAAGCUUCAGUUUCUUCUGGUCACUCACUAAUCCUUGAAGCUAUGCCAUCUGAGAAGCCUGAUUUCAAUAGAAACGAUCUGUUAUCUGCAAAGUGUUGCACAAACCCAACAUCCAAAUUAACAUGGAACAAUCUCCCACACUCAUUUGAACUACCAAAACCUUGCUCAAUUCUAGAUGGUCAGCUUGGUUCCCUUGCCCAAGACCUGUCCCCUUUUCUGGAUACUCAUAGUACUUGCCCUGGUUUUGAGAACUCAUCUGUCCCAAACACAUCAACUGCUACUGCACAAAGUGGCUGCCCUUCAUCCAAAUUUGCGGAAACUUCUGUAUCAGGAAAUACCAGACUUGGUUAUGACAUUGAACCUUCAAUUACUUCUGAUAACUCACGGAACCUUGAAGCCAUUCUAUCUGAGAAGCCUGAUUUCCAUAGAAAUGAUGAACGGUCUGCAAAGGAAUGCCCUAAUCCACCACGUAUAUUGACCAAUAUUGACAAGUGUGAAGUUUCAAACUCACCACUCUCACAUCUUUUUAGCUUGGAUGACGAUCUCAAUUCCUUUAUCCAAGACCAAAUCCCUAUUCUUGAUACUCCUGGUACUUGUCCUAGUACUGCAACCCCAAUGGUUCCACAGCAAUCAAUGGUAAAUGCACAAACUGACUUCACUUUGUCUAGAUACAAGGAAAUUCCUAUAUCAGAAAAACCUAUUCUUGAAAGUGACAUAGAAACUUUAAUUUCUUCUAGUAAAACUGACACAGUCACCCUUGGUGCUGUUCCACCUGAGAAGCCUGAUUUCAAUAAAAAUGAUGCAUUAUCUGAGAAAGAUUUCAUAACCCCACCUUCCAAGUCAACAUGGAACCAGAUUUCUCAUUCUUUUGAAAUCCCAAACCCACCAGCUUCCAGGCUAUUUAGCUUGGAUGGUCAGUCUGGUUCCCUUAUCCAUGAUCAAAUCUGUGCUCUAAUCACUCCUGGCACUUGCCCUGGUAUUGAAACCCUGUUUGCUUCAUCUCCAUUAAAGGCCAAUACAAAAACCACCUUCCCUGUGUCUCAAUAUAUGGAAAAUUCUGUAUCUGAAAAGCAUGUACUUGCUAAUGACAUGGAAGCCUCAAUUUCUACUGAUAACACAGUUAUCCUUGAAACUAAGUCUUCUAGGAAGCCUGAUUUUCAUAGGAAUGCAAAGGACUGCAUUACCUUGCAACCUGAAUUAAACAACACUUCACGGUCUAUUAAAAUACCAAACCCACCUUGCUUUCGCUCAUCUAGAUUGGAUAGACAGCCUGCUCCCCUUUUCCCAGAUCAAUUCCUUAUUCUUGAUACUCCUUCCACUUGCCCUUGUCCUGAUAAUCCAAUUGCUCCACUGUCAGUGGAAGUUACACAAUCCCAAUGCCCUAUGUCUCAACAAGAAGGUUUUGCUCAUUUGGAGAAGUCUUUUCCUGCUCCUUCAAAGGGUGGACUGACGUCUGAUGUACAAGUGUGCAAAGGGCUCUGUUUGUGUGCGGAUUGUGCAUGUUUUCACUCUCAAGCAGAGAGAGCUUGUGAUUUCUAUCGAAAGCAGAUGCAAAAUAUUGAAGAAGUCAUUGCGGAGUUGAUGAAGGAGUUCAUGUGUGUGAGAAAUUUAAUGGAGAAACAUAUUUCUCUUGUACCUGGCCGAACUGAGGUUUCUAUGAUCGCUGUAUCGCAGGUGAGGAGGAUGCUUAGGCAGAUCUCUAAAACAGAGGAAUUGGCUAAAAACCGUCUCAGGGAGAUGACCCGCAAACUAAACCUCCACACCAGAAGCACUAGAGCGCAACUGGCCAGAGUUAAAUUCACCAAGCAGGUGGAAGAGAAGUUCAUUCCAAACGGCUAAAAGCAGAGACAUCAUUGUACUGGGCAUGCUUAGAGGCCUGCCUAGCCUCCAUUUGCAUCAUAAUUGGACCCCAUAAGAUUGUAUUUGAACUUGAGGCAUGGAAUUUUAAGUUUGUUUUAUGAUCAUGAAAAUGUCAGAAGAAUAGUGAAAAGGAGCUGGAGGGGAUUGACCUUGUUAGGAGUGGAGAUAUUGUUGUUUUUUCAGGUUCUACUUGGGUGUAAUCUUAUCGAAAUUUUCAAGACCAUUCAAACUUCAAAGUCAA